GAUCGAGGAAGAGGACAUAUAUCCUCCAUCCAUCCCUAACCUGUAUAUAUCUCGGUAUCGACCAUCUAUAUAUAUAUACCCACAUGCCCCAUCUCUCCUCUCCACUAUAAGGCUAUAAGCAACUCAGAAAGUAGUGUGCUUGUGCCUCUCAUCUGUUACUGAUAGAUCAAACAAGAAAAAGAGUAAUUUCUUUAGAGAAAGUAUACUUAGUGGUUCCUUAAUUCUUCUUCCGAUCAGUCCCUGCAAUCAGCAUCAUCGUGGAAUCCAGCUAGCUAACUGUGACGUCAUUAUGGAAGGUCUGCCGCAGGCGGAGGUGUCUGAAAUCCACAACAACAACAAGGCGGCCGUCCUUGCCUACCCCGCCGGGGCUGCACAAGUUAAUGCACAGUCUUUCCUACAACUCGCCAUGUACCCUAUUACUCUAAAGUUUGAGGAGGUGUUUUACAAAGUGAAAAUGGAGCACAACGCUGGAUUAGUACCGUGGCCGAGUAGUAGUAACAGGUCAUCGUCUGAGAAAAGCAUACUGAACGGAAUAUCAGGUGUGGUUUGCCCCGGAGAGAUACUAGCCAUGCUAGGUCCCUCCGGUAGUGGCAAAACAACUCUUCUCACAGCUCUCGGCGGCCGCCUCCACGGCAAGCUCUCCGGCAAAAUCACCUACAACUCCCAACCAUUCUGCGGCGCCAUCAAACGGAGAACCGGAUUCGUCGCACAGGAGGACGUACUGUACCCUCACCUCACCGUAACCGAGACUCUCGUCUUCACAGCCCUGCUGCGGCUGCCCAACACCCUGACACGAGACGAGAAAGUGCAGCACGUAGAGCAAGUGAUCAGCGAGCUCGGGCUGACCCGGUGCCGGAGCAGCAUGAUCGGGGGCCCCCUGUUUAGGGGAAUAUCUGGUGGAGAGAAGAAGAGGGUUAGUAUUGGACAAGAGAUGCUGAUUAAUCCAAGCUUGCUUUUGCUGGACGAGCCCACCUCGGGUUUGGACUCCACUACGGCUCAAAGAAUUCUGACCACGGUGAAGAGGCUUGCAGGUGGGGGUCGGACCGUCGUCACCACAAUCCAUCAGCCCUCGAGCCGCCUCUACCACAUGUUUGAUAAACUGGUCUUGCUUUCCGAGGGCUACCCCAUUUACUAUGGCCCUGCUUCUGCUGCCCUCGAGUAUUUUUCCUCUAUUGGUUUCUCCACGUCCUUGCCUUAUGUCAAUCCAGCUGAUCUCUUGCUCGAUCUUGCUAACGGAAUCGCCCCUGAUUCGAAACCUGCCUCCGAUCAUCAACAACGUGAGAACAUGGAACAGGAUCAAAAGAUGGUGAGAAAAGAUCUCGUUUCUGCCUACGACAAAAACAUUUACACAAGAUUGAAAGCUGAGCUCUGUGGUGGUGGUUUGGAGGUCAACAAUGUCUUCAAUAAUUACAUCAAAGAAGCUGCUUCUUCAAGACACGAUAAACAUCAUGAACAUUUUUGGUGUACAAGCUGGUGGCACCAGUUCAAGGUACUACUCCAGAGGGGACUAAGGGAACGAAGGUACGAAGCAUUCAACAGGCUAAGAAUUUUCCAAGUCCUAAGCGUCGCCACGCUCGGUGGACUCCUCUGGUGGCACACCCCUUCUUCCCAUAUCGAAGAUCGAAUUGCCUUGCUCUUCUUCUUCUCCGUCUUCUGGGGAUUCUACCCCCUCUACAAUGCAGUCUUUACAUUCCCCCAAGAAAGAAGAAUGCUAAUAAAAGAAAGAUCUUCCGGAAUGUACCGCCUUUCGUCAUAUUUUCUGGCCAGAACAGUGGGUGAUCUACCACUCGAGCUUGCACUCCCCACCGCAUUUGUGCUGAUAAUCUACUGGAUGGGUGGACUCAAACCCGACCCGUUCACCUUCAUCCUUUCUCUUCUCGUUGUUCUCUACAACGUCCUCGUCUCCCAGAGCCUCGGGUUGGCUAUCGGCGCCAUUCUCAUGGACAUAAAGCAAGCCACCACUUUGGCUUCGGUUACGACACUUGUUUUCCUCAUCGCCGGAGGCUACUACAUUCAACAGAUUCCUCCGUUCAUAGUGUGGCUAAAGUACUUGAGCUAUAGCUUCUACUGCUACAAGCUUCUUCUCGGGGUUCAAUACCGGGAAGACGAUUACUACGAGUGCUCGAAAGGUGUCUUGUGCCGAGUUGGAGACUUGCCUGCCGUCAAGUCAAUGGGAGAUCUUAACAACUUGUGGAUAGAGGUCUCCAUUCUCGCCCUGAUGUUACUAGGUUACCGACUUAUUGCUUAUCUCGCUUUGCAUCGAGUUCGCUAGCUAACUAGUUAAAGUUUUUGCACUUCAAAUCAUCUCUGGAGAUCGCGACAGUCUGAAGAGUUUUAUCCUACCUUCUUUAACUGAUCAUCGUCUCUACAUUGGCGGCUCAACGACUAAUAAUUCAUUAAUAAGAUCUAGUUGAUUAAUUAGCUAGUUAGCAGAAAAUAAUGUACGUGGUAUAAUGGUAAUCAAAUUUUUGAGCCAUAUAUAUAUCCUUGUGACCUAUUAUCAGAGCUGGCUAUAUGAUUGUGGCUUUAUAUAGAUUAGGUACUACUGAAUUGAAGGUUCCAAUCUUAAACCUAUUUACUAUAA